AUGGAUCAUCGACACCUUCUAAUCAACCUAUGGCGUAACGGUCAUCAUCUUCCCAAUCACAAUCACACAUACAGCUCCGAAGCCAGUGCGGAGACUUCAAUCGAUUCGGGAGCUUUCUCAAUGGGCGCCUCACAAGCAACGUUUGAUACAAUUGAUGUCAGCCAGCGUUCUUUUAUCGAUUCUCUACAAAUCCCCAAAGUUCUUCGACAACGAAAAGAUCAUAAAUACUCUUCUCAACUCUUCACCAAUCACCUAUUUGAGAUUCUCAUUUCAUUUCCUGUGCUCAUUUCUCUGAUCGACUCUCUCAAUAUCAAUUCUAUUUUGGCAGAGAUGUUGCUCAACUUUCUCACCGUUAUUGAUGAAAGUCUUGGUGAGAUGUCUCUAUUACCCACCGCGACACCAACAACAGCCCUCACUACAUCAACUGUUCCAAAUCAUUUCCCCGCUUCUUUUUCCACUUCAAUUUCUUCAGGAUUGUUAAACUCUCCAACGGCAGCACUUCCAAUGAAUCACACUUCAUAUCUUUCAAUUCCUCAUCCAUAUGCUCAUCUUCCACACUUUCCCACGAACGCUCCCUUAUGGAAAUUGCACAAUGAAAAGACUUUGCAGGUUGAUAUGGAUGUUGCGUCGAUUACAGAAACGACUCGGGAAGUGAGAAUUAGUGAAGAAGAAAAUGAUGAUGAGGAAGAUGAUGAUAAGCCUCUUGAUUUAUCGAUGAGACAUCCAUCUCCAUCUCCGUCAACUUCAAGUCAUAAUUUGUGUGUCUCACCGGCAAUUCAUUCACCUUCCCCCUCAAUAUCGAAUGAUAAUGAGAGACCAUCUGUAAUUGUUGAAAUGAGUGGAUUUCCCUCAGUUCGUCGAUCAGCUUCAUCUGUUGGUGUUUCAACGAGUUCUUCUUCAGUUCAAGAACACUUUCGUCGAUCACUUAGUGGAAAAUGGCCCAGGAGACAAAAAACUGAUGAAAAGAGUCGAGCCUCUCCUUUCCCUAGAAGAGCAUCACUUCGAGAGCACAAAAUUAUCGAACAUUCCAAUCCAAGCAUCGAAGAACACUUUCGAAAAGCUCUCCCAGCAGAGGCUUUCAUCAAAUGGAAACAACGCCAAAGUGAUACAGAUUCU